GGCAAAGCAAAGCAACCCCACAACGCUCUAGACUCUGUCAUCAAUUUUGAGGAACAAACAAGGUCACGACUUUCUCAAGACUCAUUCAACAUUCUCGCCAUCGCAAAUUUGCAUUUUCAGGUACUUUUCAAUUCGAUUUUCACAGUUCUCAUGCUUUGAAUCUGUUCUCAAAUAGAGGUGUUCGUUUGAAAUUUCGAUUUUGAUCGUGAAUUGUAUAGGGAUUUUCAGUGUCAAGAAUAGUGAUGGGGGACCACAUGGUUUUAUGCGUUGACCAUCUUGUUAAACCCGAAUCAUUGCAUUCACUACAAGGGGAUGAGGUCUCAGGAUCUUCUGGAGAGGGUUCUUGCUCUCACACAAUUGAUUCCUCCACCUCCAUUGAUAUCAAGGAUGUGGUGGAACAUGGUGGAGAUGAUGAACAAGAACCACUUAUUCAAGCAGUGGAGUGCCGCAUUUGCCAGGAGGAGGAUAGCAUCCAAAAUAUGGAGUUUCCUUGUGCUUGUAGUGGCAGCCUGAAGUUUGCUCAUAGGAAGUGUGUGCAGCGAUGGUGCAAUGAGAAAGGAGAUAUAACUUGUGAGAUCUGUCACCAGCCUUACCAACCUGGUUAUACUGCCCCACCACCUGCUCCUCACACUGAAGAUACUACAAUUGAUAUCAGUAGCGGUUGGACACUCUCUGGUACGCCUUUAGACUUGCAUGACCCACGACUUUUGGCUAUGGCAGCAGCGGAACGACAUCUUCUGGAGGCUGAAUAUGAUGAAUAUGCUGAUACCAAUUCAAAUGGAGCCGCCUUUUGCCGCUCUGCUGCUCUGAUUUUAAUGGCUCUUCUACUUUUGAGGCAUGCUCUAUCCAUCAGCAAUGGUGAUGAUGAUGAUGCUUCCACCUAUUUCUCUCUUUUCUUGCUGCGGGCUGCUGGCUUUCUUCUCCCAUGCUACAUUAUGGCCUGGGCUAUCAGUAUUUUGCAGCGUCGAAGGCAAAGACAGGAAGCUGCAGCAGCACUCGCAGCAACAGAAGUUGCCUUCAUGAUACAGGCAGGGCAACGUAGGGGUUUGCAUUUCACAAUUGCACCGGGAUCUGCAGUGACACCAGGACCUGCGGUGACUCCCCAGCAAGAGCCAGUUCAAUAAUAUGACGGUUUUUCUGAGAACUGGUAAUUGUCUGCAUAAGUUUAGAGCCACAUGAUUACAUUGGAGAUUUGAAUGUACUUAUUUGUUACCUUACCACUUGAACAAAAUUGCAAGGAUGAAUUUCUACCCUACAAGUUGUAUCUUGGCACCGCUUUAUUUCCGCAGAAAAUUUGAAUUUCUUUCUUUACUUUCUUAUGCUUGUACAUAAUUAUACCGUGAACAGGAAGAGCAUCUGUUGCUGCUGGGGUAAUGUAUGUUAAUCGAGUUGUUGUCUACGUUUGAGUGUUAUUUGGUGUGAUUGUGAGGUACAUUCUUCAAGUUCAUAGUAUGUGAACUUUUUUUUGUUUUUCAAUUUA